GAAGUGGUCAUGCCACUUGCUGAACUUUUAACUGUACUGAUCGUCUGAACCAUGACUUAGGGGCUCAGUUGGUCAUUGGCUCCUUGUUGGUUCCAGAAAAUCGAAGGCUCCCACUCCCCCCUCUCUCUCCCUCACUUCACUUUUCCGUUCAGUCGUUACCGGGAAACUGAGAAUCAGUAGACACUACCGGAGCCACCAUUUCCCUGACAUUCUACCUUCUCAAUUUAACGUCAAAUUAUUACUAAACCUAUCAAGCAGACCCCCUUUCUUUCCCUUCAGGCAUGUAAAUCCCAUAUGAUCUCUCUCUCUCUCGCGCUCUCUCUCAAUUCAAACCCUUUGUAUUUUGGUGUUGCAGGGAGGAUUAGGGUUCUGCUAUACAGAUCCGGCCUGGAUUCUACAUAAGAAUCAUAGUUUGUCGUUUCCUUGCUGAGCCACUUGACAAAUGGGCAUAUUGUUCACUCGGAUGUUCUCUUCGUUAUUCGGUAACAGAGAAGCUAGGAUCCUUGUGCUCGGGCUCGACAAUGCUGGAAAAACUACUAUUCUCUAUCGCCUUCAAAUGGGUGAAGUUGUCUCCACAAUUCCAACAAUUGGGUUUAAUGUGGAAACAGUGCAGUAUAACAACAUAAAGUUCCAAGUUUGGGAUCUGGGUGGGCAGACAAGUAUUAGGCCUUACUGGAGAUGCUAUUUUCCAAAUACACAGGCGAUAAUCUAUGUUGUUGAUUCAAGUGAUACUGAUAGGCUGAUAAUAGCCAAAGAUGAGUUUCAUGCAAUACUGGAGGAGGAAGAGUUAAAGGGUGCAGUUGUUCUAAUUUUUGCUAACAAGCAGGAUCUUCCUGGUGCACUUGAUGAUGCAGCGGUAACUGAGGCCUUGGAGUUGCACAAGAUUAAAAACCGCCAGUGGGCUAUUUUUAAAACUUCUGCCAUAAAGGGGGAAGGUCUCUUUGAGGGAUUGGAUUGGUUGAGUAACACACUCAAGUCAGGAGGUGGCUAAAUGUUUUCAUUGAAGAAUUAGAUACCUAUAUCCAAGCCAAAACUACAAGGCAUGUCACUUUGCAACUUGUUAUGAGUGCAUAUGCCAUUUGAUUCUCUGUUUUUUGGAAUGUACCAGUGAGAUACAGUGAAAUUCUCAUUAAAGAUGAACAGUUGGCUUUUGAGCA